AUGUCAGGCCCACCACCUCCGGGCCAGCAGCCCACCCCUCAGCAACUGGCAACCAUCCAGCAACAAAUCGCCGCCGAAGCCCAGAGACGAGGCAUGACGCCCCAGCAGCUGCAAGCCCAGCAACGGCAGCAGAUCCAAGCCGAAGCCGACAAAGCGGGCUUGACCUUCGACCAGUACAUCAACAAGCUCAAACAACAAGCUUUCGAAAACCAUCAACGCCAGCAGCAAAUGGCGCAGCAACAAGCUCAGAACCAAGCUGCACAACCACAAGGGCAACCGCAGAUGCAGGGGCAGCAGGGGCAACAGGUGCCUAUUACACCGGGAGCGCCGGAUCCGAGGGCAUUGGCGCUAGCAAAAUGGUUGAAGGGUCAGGAUUUGAAGCCGAGGACUUGUAUAUUGAAUGGGCAGCGAAAAGAUAUGUUUAGAGUCAAACGUGCCCUCCGAGCCAUCGACUCCGCCGCCUACACGAAAGCCCGCAGUAAAAACCCUCUCCUCCCCGAAAUCACUACCGCAACCCCAAAAGCCGAAAUUUUCAAACUGCUCCCCCUCUCCCUCCUUGCUCUACGUGUGUCAAAAUCAGAUCCCCACGAAGGCCAUGGCCAUGCUCCUUCGAAGCCUCAAAAGCGAGUUAAGGGGCUAUGGACCGUUAAGAUCGAACAGCAGCAGGAUAUAAACGAUGAUCUACAUUAUGUCUGGCUGUACGAGGGACCGCAAUGGCGGACAAAAUUGUAUGCGGUGGGAGCUUUGAUACUGAUUAUGACGGUCGUCAUGUUCCCACUGUGGCCUGUUACGUUGAGGAUUGGGGUUUGGUAUCUUAGUAUGGGCUUCUUAGGCUUGAUAGGGUUGUUCUUCGCUAUGGCUAUAUUCCGCCUCAUACUAUUCUGCGCGACGGUCUUUACGGUACCACCUGGACUAUGGUUAUAUCCGAACCUCUUUGAGGAUGUGGGUUUCUUUGAUAGUUUCAGGCCGGUAUGGGGGUGGCAGGAGGACAAGAAGGCGAAGAAAGCCAAGAAAUCGAAGAAAGGAGGAGGCGGGGAGAAAGCGGCUACUAAAUUGAUUGAGGCAUCGCCAUUGACGAAUGGUACGGAAACAACGAAUGGGCAAGUCAGCAAGCGGCACGCGCAUGCUGCGCCGAGGGUUGAAGAGGUGGAAGAUGAGUAA